UGGUUGAUAUAAAAGGCUCUAUCUCGUUAUACGUGGAUCAUGGAUCUCCGUGGAAACCCAAGAUUAAUGGGACCGAUGCGAUUUCCAUGUGGAAUGGGAAACAACAUUUCUCCCCGGAUGCCACAACAACAGGGCAUGUUUCCAAAUGGGAGUCCAUUUCUACAGAAUCAAUCACCAAACCAUCCAGUAUUGGCACAGAUGUCGCCCAGUCUUCGACUUCCAAUGGGAUGUCAACCCCCGGGACCAACUCCCCCUACUAUGAGGUUAUUCAAUCAUCUAGGCAACGUCCCAAUCUCUGUUCCUGGUCAGAUGCAGCCACUGUGGGGGUCAGGGGCCUUAUCAGGAAUGCAACGUCCCAAUCCAAUGGCUGCUCGAGGACAAAUGAUUUCAGGAAAUAUGAAUCUUGGAAAUGUUCCAUCUCUAAACUUGAUGGGUGCAACACAAAAUGCACCUUCCCAACAGGACCAGCUGGCAUUUAGUCCAACAGCUAUUAAUUUACAGGUGCAACAGCAAGGUAACAUGGGCUUUAUGAAUGGAGGACAGAUGAGGUCUCCUGUUUUUCAAAACAUGAAUCAGACAUCUGUGGGCAUGCUUGGUAACAUGGGUCCCAACCAGAACCAGCUCAACCAAAACUGUCAGAAUAUGGACAGUAGAGGGCAAGAUAGGAGAAACAACCAGUCUUCAUUUAGGUCCCAAAGCCAUAGGGACAGAGGCAGAGGACAGAGAGAUCGCGACAGAGGUCAAGAUGAUGGUAGAAGUCAGGGAUCUACCUCUAGACGUAACAGAGAUAGCGAAAGAUCACAGCAUUCUGAUGGCAAGGAUCAUGAUCGAUUAAGUGGAAAAGGCAUGUCGGGUGACAGAGGAGGAGACAGAGGAGGGGACAGAGGAGGGGACAGGGGAGGGGAUAGAGGAGGGGACAGAGGAGGGGACAGAGGAGGAGAAAGACAAGGAGAUAUACGUCCUCGAGAUAGAGAUUCUGGAGAUUCCAGGAAAUCCAGACGGGAGUCUUGUGGCAGGUCAGAUUCCAGAAGGAGGGAUAACUCUAGACCUAGACAGAGUCCGAAAGACGAUAAUUCACGUAAAAAUUACUCAAGAGGAUAUGGUGCCAGAAGAGACGAUUCAAGAGGAAAUAUACGAAGAGGCAGCAACUCUAGAUGUAGCAGCAGAAGAAGAGAUAAUUUCAGUGAAAGUCCUAGAAAGGGAGGACAGCGUGAAAACAGACCACGUCAGAACCGUGACAGUGGAGAUGAAACGAGAGGAAACAAGAGACGAAAUGAUGAGGAAUCUUACAGCAGUGGAUCAAAAAGGAAACGGACAUCAAGUCCAAAAUCCUCAUCAAAGCUGGAGGAAGAGCCGCCUUCAGAUGGGGACAUUGAGACAGAGAGUCAGGACCAGUUUGAGACUGUGGAUCCCAAAGACAUGUCCCCACCUGCCUGGAUAAGAUGCUCUCCGGCUGAUCUCUACUUUGCCAGGAACUCAGAGUCAGGGUGUAUGGAAAGUACAAAGAGAAUGACUGACCUAGAGGACAAGUUUGAUCUGGACCUGCUUCAGAGAGCCAAGUUAAUCAAGGAAGCUCAGCCAGUAAUAGAGGUCCCUCCACCAGUCAUGCAUGGCCACACCCAUCACCAUGAUCACUCAGACUCAGACAGCAGUAGCAGCAGCAGCAGCUCUGAUUCUGAUGACAAUGAAGAUGAGGACAACAAGUGGAUGGAGGAGCUAAACAGGAAAAAGAAUCACCCGUAUAGACUGCAUGAGGAACUCUGGUACAAUGACCCAGGGGAGAUGAAUGAUGGUCCUGUCUGUCGCUGUAGUUUGAAAUCCAGAAGGACUGGAAUACGUCAUGACAAAUAUCCAGGAGAGGAAUCAUAUGAUUUAUGUAACUCUGUAUCUAACAAUAAAAAUGUGCUGUACCACUACGUCAUCACAAUGUCCCCGCCCACAAACUUUCUGACCCGUAGCCCCACCAUUAUUGAACAUGACAAUCACGAAUAUAUUUUUGAAGGGUUUUCAUUAUUUUCUCACUAUAAACUUGAAAAUAUACCUGUGUGUAAAGUGAUCCGGUUCAACAUUAACUACACAAUCCAUUUCUUUGAGGAAACAGUUCCAGAGAACUUUACCAUCCGGAGCCUUGAUCUGUUCUCCCAGUUUCUGUUCACGGAAAUUCUAGAACUAGUGGAUCUUGACUGGAAAGGUCCUGGAGGGGAAGAUUCAUGUCCACGCUUUCACUUAAUGCCAAGAUUUGCUCGUAGUCUGCCAGAAAAUGGUAAAGAAAUCCUAUCAAUGAAUGAAGUGUUGUUGUAUUUGCUGCGAUGCUCUAAACCAUUGUUGGAGGAGACAGAACUUGCACAGAUGUUAAAAGCUGACCAGCAUGAAUGGCAGAAUUUCCUGGAUGAAAUACGUGGAAUGGUGGUCACAUAUCCUGGAAUGAAGCCAAGUUCCCUAAGGAUUGACCAGCUAGAUCGACAACAAUCUGAAACAGACGUCAUUACUUAUCCUCUCAUCAUCCACUUUGGUAUCCGCCCUGCCCAGCUGAGUUACGCUGGGGAUCCUUACUACCAGAAGACUUGGAAACAGUAUGUGAAGUUUAAACACCUCCUGAACAGUAAACCCAAGGUGACCUUCUCAGACAAACAGAAACUAGAACAGAAAGAGAGUUAUUUACAGGAGCUCCGCACGAAGAGUACCAUGAAGAGGGAGGUUACAGUGGAGAUCAGUAGUGAAGGUUUCCUGAGGACAGGAAUCAAGUCUGAUAUAACUCAGCAUGCCAUGUUGAUUCCAGUACUGCUAGGACAUCUUCGGUUCCAUCAAUGUCUGUCUGUGCUGGAGAAAACACUUGAUUACAAAUUCAAAGACAGAUCAUUGUUACAGUUGGCUUUAACCCACACCUCAUACAAAGUUAAUUACGGCACCAAUCCUGACCAUGCCCGUAACUCCCUGUCAAAUUGUGGGAGGAGGCAGCUGGAGUAUGGUGAUCGAAAGAUCCAUUACGCUCACACACGUAAACGUGGUAUAAACAUCCUGUUGAACAUCAUGUCACGAAUGGGUAACAAGGAGGAGUUGUCCUCAGAGAUCCCGCACAACGAACGACUUGAGUUCCUCGGAGAUGCUGUUGUGGAGUUUAUCACUAGUGUCCACUUAUUCUAUAUGUUUCCCUGGCUGGAGGAGGGUGGACUGACCACUUAUAGAGCAGCCAUUGUCCAGAAUCAACAGCUGGCUGUACUGGCAAAGAAACUCACCCUUCAGAACUUCAUGCUGUAUGCCCAUGGUCCAGACCUGUGUCAUGAGUCGGACCUCAAACAUGCCAUGGCUAACUGUUUUGAAGCCCUUAUGGGUGCCCUGUUCAUAGACAAUGGUAUAGAGCUAGCAGGACGUAUUUUCUGUCAAACAUUGUUUGAUGAUGACCGCCUUGUGAAGACAUGGAGAGAAUUGGCCCUUCAUCCGCUCCAGGAGGAGGAGCCUAAUGGCGACAGACAGUGGGUGGAAUCAAGCCCUGCCUUACAGAAAUUAUUGAAUUUUGAAGAAGCAACGGGGAUUACAUUUAACCAUAUACGUUUGCUGGCCAUGAGGAGUGCUUUCACCUUGAGGAGUGUUGACUAUAAUAACCUUACAUUGGGUCAUAACCAGAGGCUUGAGUUCCUAGGAGAUACAGUGUUACAGCUUGUGGCAUCACAGUACUUAUUCCGUCACUUUCCUGACCAUCACGAGGGCCAUCUGUCUUUGUUGCGGAGUUCCUUGGUAAAUAACAGGACACAAUCCAUCGUAUGUGAUGACCUCAAUAUGUCCGAAUACGCAAUUUUUGCGGAAACAAGAGGAGAUAAGCUUGAUAUGAAAACAAAAGAAAAGGCUGAUCUUCUUGAAGCAUUCAUUGGAGCGUUGUUUGUGGACAAAGGUAUUGAUCACUGCAAAGUCUUCUGCAAUGUCUGUUUCUUCCCACGACUCAAGGACUUUAUCAUGAACCAGGACUGGAAUGAUCCAAAGUCCCAACUUCAACAAUGCUGUCUCACUCUUCGAGAACUGGAUGGAGGCGAGCCAGACAUUCCUUUAUACAAGAUGAUAGAGGCAUUCGGACCAACUAACACUCGGGAGUAUACUGUGGCUGUGUAUUUCCGAGACGAGAGAUUAGCUAAGGGGAUGGGCCACAGUAUUCAGCAGGCGGAAAUGGCUGCAGCCAGGAAUGCACUGAAAGAAAGAUCAGAAUUAUUCCCUAUCCUCGCACACCAAAAGAGAUUCUUGGAGAAGAAACAGAGGAAGAGAAAGCAUGGUCGCAGACAAAGGGUAGGAGAGCGGAAUGGAGGUGAAAGAGGGGCUGGAUCUUCCUCAGGGUACAGCCAAUCUCCCAACAAAUCAGCUGACAACAGGCGGCGGCCCGGCAGGCGUGGACGGUGAAAGAGACUUGCUGGUUUAGAGUGUUUAUAAGUCAGAGUAAAAAAAGGCGAGGAAUUGAUUACCUCUGCCUUUUUACUAUUAGACUUUUGGAAACAGACAUGGUUCUGUUAAUAACCGUAUUGAAAUCAACCAAGUUGAUUGUGUGGCAAGACAUCAGAAAGUGACCAAACCACCUUGUCAGAUGUGAAAGGACUGUUUAAUAGGGAAGGGCACCUGUUAACACUGUCUGAUAAGGUAUUCUGUAAGUAAGGUCAAGUAAACAGCAGUAGACAAUGACCUUAUCACACAAGUCUGUUUAGGAUGAUGUUACAGAUGGUGAGUCUGUUUAGGAUGAUGUUACAGAUGGUCGAAGGUAGGUGAAAGUGGUCGUAAAUGGAGUAAUAAAAACUUUCACUGUCUUUAAGUUGAGAUGGUGAAUCUCAACCCAAUGGGAAUAUAAUUAAGUUGUCAAACACAAGGCUUGCCAAGUGUUUUACAGCUUUGUUAUCUUCCCCUGUGGGUUUAGAUCCCCCCAUCUCAUCCUAAAGGGGAUGAGUGAUUGUUUUUCUUUACAAAGUGUAUUGUGUGUGAACAAAUAACAUGGAUGGUGUAUGGAUAGUGAUGAGGCCUGCUUUUAAUUUUGAUGGGAACACAAGAUUUUUGGUUUUGAGAAUAACACAAGAUUCCAGUAACAGACAAAAUAAGUCUGUGUGUGACCUUAUAAAGGUAGUUCUACUUCCGGGUCACAUAAGUGACACCUCUUUAAUUGUAGUCGGAACAUACAAAGAGUAUGUGGUAUGUGUAGCUUGUCUCAACACUAGGGUGAGACAAGAAAAUCUCACACUAGUAAAAACGUGGAUUUACCUGUCCAGGAUAAAAUCAACGUCUAGUCUUGUUUGAAACUCUUUUAUGUGAACAGUUUCCUAGUCAAAGGUGAAUGAUACAGCCAAGUGCUUGAAGUUUAGCAAUAAAGUUUGUUUUACUGUUAAUGACCUUAUGUCAUUUCCUUCUGAAUGUUUACAGUUUUCAGUCAUGGGGAAAUGAUAUUCAAGAUAUUAGAUAAAAUGUUUAUGCCCACAAUGGAAGACAAUGCAAAACUGGUUUUUGACUAAAUUUGUAUGUGUAUCAUUUAUUCUUGGCAUUUGAGGAUUAAACACAACAGGAAAUUCUGUUGAUUUAUGUAUCCUAUUAUCACAUUUGCCUUAUCUUUCAUAUUCUAAGGAAAUGUAUCUAGUUCAAUUGAUAUUAUGUAUUAUUGGUUCAUUUUUCUUGUUUAAUUGACCAGAUGACUAGACCAUUGAUUUGUAAAUUCUAUUUAAACAAGAGUUACUGAACUUGUGUAUAGUUCUCUAGUCUGUUACUUAGUCAAAGGGAGGUAACUCAUUUAAACAGUUACAAAGAAAAUGAGAGAUGGUUGUUUGUAUUGUUCUAAUGAAUAAGAUUUUAUACCAGAUAUUUUGUUAAUAAUACAAUGAUAUUUAUUAUUGAUGGAAAUUUGUUAUUUUAUAAAUUAAAGUAGAAAAAUAGAAAGAAGUGUGGAUAUGUAUAGGCUUAAUGGUUAUAAUGGUUAAACAAUAACAUCUGUGCCAAUAAUAAUUGAAUUUGUGAGAAAUUUGAAGUGAAACAUUGGUAUGUUGAGAAUCUGAAAUAUAAACAUUCAUUCCUUCAUUGAUAUUUCUUAUAUUUAUUUGUGUGAAAGAGAUAAGUAUUGUACUUUAAAUUGUCAAAGUAAGGGAUCUGUUUGAGUACUGUAGUAUGUA